AUGUAUAUUAUACUAGCUGGAGUGGUAGUGCUCUUUUUAUUCCUUCUUUUCAAGCUUUUUAAGGCCGGAUUCUUCGAAACAACUGACGUAAGCUUGUUUUUGAGAUGGAAAGAGUUUUUAAAAGUUAAAAGAUGGCCGUUGGCUAUUAAUAAUUUGUUUAUUAGUUAAAAUUGGUGAUUAAAAUGCCAUAUUAUACAGCUAAAAAUUACCUGGUUUAGUUUGGAUGUUUAGAAAAUGUAAAACUAUGUAAAUUAAUGCUAUAUGGCAGCAAAUUUUAGAUCGCAGUUGUCGAAACUCCAAUAUUUUUGGGCAAGACUGUGGAAGUCUUUUACAAAUACUAUGUGGGAAGCUACUCGAAUGUCAGCAAAUACAUCAACGAGGUCAGGUCGAUUCUGCCAAAGGAAUCGCGGGUUAUUGCUAUUUACUACGACGAUUCGAACAAGGUCGACGAUGAUUUGUGUCAGGCAGCUGUCGGAUGCAUUUACUCGGGUAAGGACGGGUUAAUAGUCUGUAUAAUGAAGGUUUGAGUUUGAAAAAAAAACUAAUUAUUUUUAUUGUGGGCUAGUUUAGUACUCUACUUGUGUCUGGAGGGAUUUUGUAUAAAAAAUAUUAUAAAUUUAUGCGUAUAUUUAUCAAAUGUUGGUAUAGCAACUUAAAGUACGGUUUCAUAUUUUAAAUUCUAUUAUAUUAUAGUUGACGGAAAAGAGGAAAUUGAGCCGAACUUCGUGAGCCAGCUGAGCAGAUGGGGCUACGAGCGAAUGAUUAUUCAUAAGUUCGGUCGCUCGAUUCAAAUGAAGCAACAAUACGAUGGUUUCUUUUCUAAUCUACGUCUAGUUCGUCGCUCGUACCCUCAGCUAGCUCAAUUCAUUCAAGAUCACAAGUUUGAGACUUCUUUGAACGUGGAAGUGUACCAAAACAAUGAAGUUGUUGUAUUGUCACCACUGGAUGACGUCAAAGAGCUUGUGGUGCCUGAGGUAAGGUUUAAGCUUCUAAGGGUAUUAGCUUUAAAUUUUUAAAUUUUUGGUCAAAAAGUAAACAGAACGGUUAUGAAUAGGGUCACACAUAUUGCAAAAUUGCUUUACUGAACUUUGAAGAAAACAUGUAGAAAAGCGAUGCUGAAAGUGAAUGUUUUGUAUUGUAACAUACUUUAGAGUACUAUAAUAAACUGUUUUAGUAUGUCGAAACCGACGAACUGAUCCAACGUCAACUUCAAGCCCAUGCCGAAAACUUCAACGACGAUUCGGAUUCUGACGAUGAUGACGAGGAAGACGACGAUGAAUCAGACGCCGGUACCGGAAACCAAGACGAAACAUCCUACGCCUAA